AUGUCGAGCGUCGUGGCCACAAGUCUUCAAGGAUCUGCGACGCUUGCGAACUGGGCAAAAGCUGGAGCCUUCGCAUCUGCUUCCAGUUGUGAGGCAGGCGAGUCCGAGGUCGUGGAACGCGUCAGCAUCGACACCGCCUCCUGGGCCUUCGACGCUCUCGCGUCGGCAAGACUACGCGUACGACCCUCCGAUAUCGACGUGCUGUCGAUAGGAAGGAAGAAGUUGAGUAUUGAUCUUCAGGAGCAGGAACGGCUCGGAUUUGAGCGUACUGGCGGAUAUCCGAUGAAUUGGGACCCUCUUUUGACGAGGCGAAGUCGAUUGGUACCCUGCUUACUCAUCCACGACAUCGGUGAGAUCAUGCCAUGA